UGUAACAAAAAUGUUUUCUAAAAUUAAUUAAAGUGUGAAGUGUGGUAUAGUUAACAAUUAAUUAGUACAAUUAAAACUGUGGUGAUCAUAACCGAGUCUGAAGAAUGCAGGUGAUACAAAAUAAUCAUGCUAGCUGUAUGUGCUGAUGUCCGACCAGUCCUCCGAGAGGUGUUCCGGGAGCAGGACUACCUCCCUCCGCUUGCGGUCGAGAAGGUUACGAAGCCGCUAUCGGAUGCGGACGAACCGUUACCAAAGCAAGCGGAAUGGAUCGACAAGUACUCGAUCGAGUGCAAAGAGAUCUGGAGUCGGGAGUACAAGUUGAAGCAGGACCAUGCGAAGCGCGUCACCCGACAGCCGCUGCCGAACAUAUACAGGCUGUCGUCGCCGACGUCUGACAGCGACGUGUCGUCGUGGAGGCAGCAGCACGGCAUGAUAUGCCGAAGAGACCUGAUACCUGCGAUAGAACAAGAUGCUGGCCGUGAUGGCAGUUUAUGGGUGCAGAACAUCUUGCACCGCAGCUCGUGCGACUUGAGCUGCAUAGAAGUGCGCGGGUCGCGGCUGCACCUGCCGCUGCAUUUCCCGCCGCCCGAUGAAGGCACCGUCCAGUCCUUGAGUAUGGGCGAGGUGGUGAUCCGGCCGCCGCCGCCGCCGGCGCCCGCGCCGCAGCCGCCGCCGCCGCCGGAAUACAUCAUCUGCGUGCCUCCACAGCUUGACUUCGUUAACUUCACUGUUGGACAUUUGCACACGCAAUCCCUCCGCCUCGUCAACGUGUCCAAGUUCGAGAUCCGGCUGUCCCUCCGUCCGCCGUCCCGGCGGGAGCUGGACGUGGUUCUGUGCGGGCCGCGCGGGCUGGCCGUGUCGUCGGGCGCGGCAGCUGAGCUGCGCGUGCGUUUCACUCCGCGCGACGUUCGCUCGAUGCGCGACGCGCUACUCGUGCGAGUGUCUGUGGGGAAGGAUCUGAAUGUGCCGAUACAUUGUUAUAUGCAGCCGCCGGUGGUCGAUGUGCUGGUGCCGCACGUCAGCUGGUCGUCUCUCUGGUGCGGCUCGAGCCCCAGCGUGCGCGGCGGCGGCGACGUGCUCGAGCUGGGCGCGCGACUGCUGGGCGACGUGCACUGCGCGCGCCUGCUGCUGCACUGCGACGCGCAGCACGCCGCCUUCUUCGUGCUCACCGAGGACGCCUGGGUCACCUUCUCCGGGCGCGUGCUGGGCGACGUGCACUGCGCGCGCCUGCUGCUGCACUGCGACGCGCAGCACGCCGCCUUCUUCGUGCUCACCGAGGACGCCUGGGUCACCUUCUGUCUGGACACGUUGACCCGCGACGGAGCAGUAAUCGCCGGCCCGUUCACCAUAAGUCCGGCGUGGUGGCGUGGCGGCGGCGCGGUGCGUGGCGGCGCGUGGUGUCGCGCGCCGCACGCCGGAUUGCACACCGCCGCUCUCCGCGUGCUGUCGUCCACCGCCGUCGCUCGGCCCUUGCACAUACUGGCAGAUGCCUUGCACUUCACGCCGAACCACGUGACGUUAGAGGCGCAAGACAAAGAUUACGACAUCUGCAGCGAAGAUGACCCCGCCUGCGAAUACUAUGUGCACCUUGGGACAGCGUUCCCCAACCGAUCGUUGUCUGCUACAGUCCAGAUCGUGAACCAUAGUCCUAUAAUCUACUCGUACUACUGGAGCGUGCGGCCGUGGGGCGUGUGCUCGUGCUGGGAGGCGGCCGAGUCCGCGGGCUCCGAGGAAGACAGCGAGCUGCUGUGCGUCGGCGCGCUGCAGGCCCGCGCUCAGCAGGACACGAGCUCGUCCAGCGUCAAUCCAGCGACAGCAGCGCGGCUGACGCGCGUGGAGCCGGCACGCGGGCGCGUGGCGCCGCGCUCUUCCAGCGCGCUACACGUGUGCGUGCCCGAUGUAGGCGCAUGUCUUGGCACGCAGCGCGCCGUGCUCAUGUUGAUUCUAAAAGACAUUCCAAAGGAAAGCUUCCCUCAGGACUAUGACCCGAUGAUCGUGAAGACUGAAACAGUUAUGUCCGAAACCAUACCUGGACAAGAGCCUUGGUCCCGCGAAGUUUGCGAAGUGGUGUGCUCGCAACUAGAAGUGUGGUGGGAGGUGGUGCCAGUCAGAUUCGUCUUGGACCCUCCCAUUUUGCCACUGCCUCACUCGAGAAGGGUAAAAGAAGUGGAGCUAUCAGUGCGAGCGACCCAGUUGUACGGCAGUGAGAGUGUAGCCACGCGUUGGAGCCUUCCAACGCGCGUGUGCCCGCCGCCCGCGCCUCGCCUGUCGCCAGCUCAAUCCGCCGCCGCCACGCUGGCGGUGCCGCUGCCCAGCCUGCCCAAUGAGCACCCUGAGACUGACGUGUUUGUGCUGGAAGCAGCCAGCGGCGAGUGGAGUUCCCAGAGCGCUGUGAUCCGCCAGUGCGCGACCAGACACCCGCGUCUGUCGCCCGCGCGCGCCUGGCUUGGCGUCGUGCCGCCGGGAGCACACAUGCGCGCGCAGUUCCAAGUAUUCAACGACACACAUCAGCACAUCUGCUGGUGGGGCACUGCGUUCCGCUGGCACGGCGAGCAUGAGCCGAGCGCGCUGUGCGCGGGUCGCGAGCCGUGCGCACAGUGUCGCGAGCGCGCGUGUUCUUGUGCACUGCUGCGGCCCACGCGUGGGGCACUCGCGCACUCACGCGCAACGCGCAUGGUGUAUGACGUCAACGCACCUGAUAAUGACGGCUGCGUGGCGACGUUAUUACAAGUCCGGCGCACGCUGGGUGACGUGGCACGCGUGGCGGGUGGCGCCGCUUGCGAGGCGCGUGCGUCACUCGUGGCAUACCGCGUGCUCGCGCCACGAUUGGUUGCACGCGCGCUGCCGUGCCAUGGGGACAAGCGGCCUGACGAGUGCGAAGGCUGCAGUCUGGAUACUGGUGCCCGCAAGGGCAGGGGCACGGCAGUGCUGAGGCCAAGUCAUACGCUCGCACUCGGCAGGUGCAGUUGUUAUCGUCUUCGCAUCAACAAUAUUACACCGCUGCCUACGACUGUCACAUGGGAGCCUCCUCUAGAAAAGGAAGAAACUAUCAAAGUUACGUUCAUACCUAAUGAUUUCGACGUUGGAAGCUACGGACAGAUUGAAAUUAGGGUGGUGAUAGAAGCUCACAGAGUGUGCGGGCGCAGGAUCUUCGCGUACAGAGCACACGUGGACCGCGCGCACAAGCCUUUGUACCUGCUCAUCGACACUGCAAUAGCGGGUCUUGAAAUAUCGUGCGAGAUCCCCAUUGGCGGAGAAGAACAAACAUCAAGUUCGGUCAUCAUGAGAAGAACACAGAAGGAAGAGCUCCCUGGGGAGCCGCCGCAGAAACCGCUGUCUGUGGAGGAAAUGUUCCAGGAAGAGGACAAAAUAAAGGAGGUGCAAGCUGACAACACGUGCCACUGCCGCGCCAAGAUGGUGUACAUUCCGCCGGUGAAGCGCCCGCGGCCGCCGCCGGAGACCGAGGAGGACCUGUCUUCCAUUGAGAUAUUGUGGGAGCCGCCGGCGCUCACGAGGGUGUGCCCGUGCGACGAGCGGACCAAGCCCGUGCUGCCCCAGUACGAGGAACCGUUCUGUCUGCAGUUCAAGGGGAUACCACUAAGAACAGUUCGCUCCCGAACUAUCAUCAUUCGCAACGAGUCCGUGCUGACGGCCCGUUGGACCUCCGCCGUCAGGUGCUGGCCGAGGAAGCGCUGCAGGACCCUUGCUACUGACGCGUGGGCAGCUGACGUGCACGAGCCCGGCGUGGCCAUACAGCUAGAGCCGGCGAACGGCGUGCUCGGCGCGCGCGCAGAGCUGCGACUCGCCGUCAGCGUGUACGCCGACUGCUGGGGGCUGUACCGCGACCAGCUGCUCAUCAAGGUGGACAAACUGGAGCCGAUCGUGCUUGACGUGUGGGUGGAGGCGCUAGGACAGCCUCUACAGCUGGUGCGGGCACCGCGGGGUGCCGGCUCUGACCUCGCCCAUACUCUGUGGAUGUCGUCGUCGGACCCGGAGCGCGUGAUGCGCAUGAAGAACGACUCCCGCGCACAGGUCGUGCUGCACGCCUACGUGCUCAAGGAACAUGAACAUUUUCAAGACGUGAUGCCGUUUCGUCUCUACCUACGGUUUUUCGACGUUCUGCCUCGUAUCUGUCCGUGUGUGACCGCCUUCGAUUCGGAUCACUGUUUGGAAGAAGGGUCAGAGGACAGCGGCAGCAAGGCGCCGGAGGACAUGGACACUGGAGUGGAAAUAUUCUUCACCAAGGACUUUGGUGUACAAGAAGACACAUUCUUCCAAGUGAGCCCCACCGUGUCCACGAUCGGCGCGAACGCUCACGGCGAGCUGCAGGUGACGUUCACGCCGCCGGAGCAUGGUGAGCCAGCGCCCAACGCUGUGCUGCUAUUGCGGACGCUGCCUUCUGUCAUCGCUGGACCGGGCUGGUAUCGGGACGAGCCGCCGCCGCAACUCGUGCGCCUCCGGCAAACGAAGCGAGAGGGAGUCUUGCGCGCCUCCGACCGCCAGCUGCGCGUCAAGUUCUGCGCACUGGACUUGCCCAGUGGUGACUUCAUGAGGAUCCGCAAGAGCUUCCGUGUCCAGAACAUCGGCAACGGGCCGCUGCACGUGACGGCCGGCACGGGCGGGCUGUGGACCGUCGUGCAGGACGACGGCCCGCUCGGGCCCAGCGCGUGCGGUAACGGCUGCGGCUGCGUGCGGCGCGGCGGCGAGCGGCUGGAGAAGGUGCCGCUGUAUCUGCCGCUGAGGAGCUCCAUUGAGAUGACGGUGGAGGUGUGCAUCCAGACAUCGGACGCGUGGCCGCGCGGCGAGACAGCCACGGGUGCGUGCGCGCCGCCGGCCUACGACGAGUGGCAGCGCACUUCCACGCCGCUGCGCUUCUACGACGACGAUAACGUGCUGCUGACAAUCCCACUGGUCCUGGAGCUGGAGUUCCCCCAGCUGCGCGUGGAGCCUUCCAGCCUGGACUUCGGGUUUGUAGCGGAUGGCGACUCCAGAAAGACCUUCUUCACCGUGGCCCACUCCAGCCGUAACGAGACCCUGGACGUGACGACGGAGUGGGCGGGCACGGAGGACUUCGUGCUGUGGCCGCGGCGCCUGCGCUUGCCGCCCGGCGCGCGUGAACGCGUCUACGUGCAGUACAACGCCAGAUGGCGCGGCGGGCUGGCCGAGGGCUGCGCGCGCGUGCGGUACGCGCCGGGGGCCGCCGGGGCCUGGUGCCGGGCCUCGCUGCCGUGCCGCGCCGCGCCCGCGCGCGACUUCAAAUGCCACGUCUCCAUCCACGACCACACUGACGAUCCUAAGCUACUGCCGCCGGGCUUUAGCUUUUUAGAGUAACUAUAGUCUGGUCCGUGACCACGUAGAAUUUUGUCAAAUGACCCCUAGCUACCCAUCCUUAUCGCUC